UACACUUUGACCUUAUCCUUCUAUGUAACAGGAAAGAGCUUUUCUUAGCCCAGACAGGAGGGGUCUGCUACGCCUGCAGGAACAGCUGGGUAGAGGACACAGAAACCGUUUGAUUACAUGAGAGAUGGAAACGAUAUUUAGUAAAAACAAAGAAGAACAUCCAGAGUCCAUAAAAGCCGAGGUGCAAGGUCAGUUGCCCACUUGGUUGCAAGGGAUACUUCUCCGAAAUGGCCCAGGGAUGCACACAAUAGGGGACACUAAAUAUAACCACUGGUUUGAUGGCUUGGCUCUGCUGCAUAGCUUUACAUUUAAAAAUGGUGAAGUCUACUACAGAAGUAAGUAUCUCCGAAGUGACUCAUACAACUGCAAUAUAGAAGCAAACCGAAUCGUGGUGUCUGAGUUUGGAACUAUGGCUUAUCCAGAUCCUUGCAAAAACAUAUUUGCCAAGGCAUUCUCAUACUUGUCUCACACCAUUCCCGAGUUCACAGACAACUGCCUGAUCAACAUUAUGAAAUCUGGGGAUGAUUAUUAUGCUACCAGUGAGACUAACUUCAUCAGAAAAAUUAAUCCACAGACUCUGGAGACUCUAGAGAAGGUUGACUACAACAAAUAUAUAGCUGUAAAUGUGGCAACUUCUCAUCCACACUACGACAGUGCUGGAAAUAUUCUCAACAUGGGUACUUCAAUUGUUGACAAAGGGAAAACUAAAUACCUUUUAUUUAAGAUUCCUUCCUCUGUGCCAGAAACAGAAAAGAAGAAAUCUUGUUUUAAACACAUGGAAGUGGUAUGCUCCAUCCCUUCUCGCUCGCUGCUCCAACCAAGCUACUACCAUAGCUUUGGAAUCACAGAAAACUAUAUUGUGUUCAUAGAGCAGCCACUCAAACUGGAUAUUGUCAAAAUGGCAACUGCUUACAUACGAGGAGUGAACUGGGCUUCCUGCCUUGCCUUCCAUAAGGAUGAUAAGACGUGGUUUCACUUUGUAGACAGAAAGACUAAAAAAGAUGUAUCCACCAAGUUUUACACGGAUGCUCUGGUGCUUUAUCACCAUGUAAAUGCUUAUGAAGAGGAUGGCCACAUUAUUUUUGAUAUUAUUGCCUACACAGACAAUAGCUUAUAUGACAUGUUUUACUUAAAAAAACUGAGUAAAGACUUUGAAGAGAACAACAAGCUUACCUCCAUACCAACCUGCAAGCGAUUUGUCGUUCCUCUGCAGUAUGACAAGGAUGCAGAAGUAGGUUCUAAUUUAGUCACACUUCCAACUUCCGCAACUGCUGUAAAAGAGAAAGAUGGCAGCAUCUAUUGCCAACCUGAAAUAUUAUGUGAAGGGAUAGAACUGCCUCACAUCAACUAUGGAUAUAAUGGCAAAAAAUACACGUACGUCUAUGCAACGGAAGUCCAGUGGAGUCCAGUUCCUACAAAGAUUGCAAAACUGAAUGUCCAAACAAAGGAAAUGCUGCACUGGAGAGCUGACCACUGCUGGCCAUCUGAGCCCAUUUUUGUUCCCAGCCCUGAUGCAAGAGAAGAGGAUGAUGGUGUUGUUUUGACCUGUGUUGUGACAUCUGAUCCAAAGGAGGCACCCUUCCUACUCAUCUUGGAUGCUAAAACAUUCAAAGAACUGGGCCGAGCCAGAGUAAACGUGGAAAUGCAUCUGGACCUGCAUGGAAUGUUUAUACCAGAGAAAGCUUUGAAGACUGAGACUGAGUAAAAUGCUAUUUAUCCUAUUACACAGACUGAGACAACCCUCUACUGAAUGUGGAGUAAUACCCCUUUUGUCAUUCAGGAGCAACUAUAUUAUGGCAAGAAAUGACUAUAUACAUUAUCUUAAAUAACUAUAUAUAAUCCCUUUUAAGAGAUAGCAAUGACUUUUAUUACAAAUAAUGAUAUGCACAACUGGCAUAUAACUAUUCCAAAAGAAGAAUGAUCAGUCUUUAAAAACUGCUACUGUUGUGGGGGAAGGAAUGGGAGACAAAGGUAGUUUUAUUUAAGUGGAAUACAGCUUUCUGAGCAAAUGAAGUACAGUAUUUUUAAUGUGAUAUAGGGAAUAAAUAACGUAUGUCUACAGCUCAUGAAAUUUUCAUGGAUUGUUUCAAGACUGUAGCUCAUGAUGAAAGUUGUCUUCUGCUAGAAAACCUCACAUUAAACUAUCUGCUAUGAUACUAUUAUAUUAAUUCAUAGCAAUGCAUUUUCUUGGUGCUUGAUUUCUUAAACUCCACUGUAACCAAAGUUAAGGUGCUACAUUCAGGUGCUACAACUUCCUAAUUUAGAACCUAAAAAAAAAAACCUGCUUUGCUAAUAAUUCCUUUUUAUGAUGACGAAACCAAGUAACUUGAAUAUUUUAUGUAGCAUUCAUUUAUACUUCAGUGUUAUUCAAUCUUAAUGUUAUAAGCAGUUUGUUUUCAAAUCCUGUUUCCUUGAGAAUAUCUGACGUGACAUUUCAUGUAAUUAGAUGACUACAUUGUCUAAAAGAUAAACAGAAAUGUAAUGUUUAUUAAUAUUGCUAAUAAUCUGUUAAUAAUAGUAUGUGUAUGGAUAAGAGCAGUGUAUUUCUAGCAGAACUCAGACAUACACAUUCACUAAUUUGUUUAGGUAAAAGUGUAUUUACUGAUUAAAAGUGUAUCUUUACUGAUGGAGAAAACUAGGUAUACCUCCACCUGUUUUAGGUGUGCAUCUGGUCUGUACAUGUCACCAAACUACUUGGGUAUCUCUUUUGUGUACCUAUUCUCAGUGUCCCUGCUACUCACUGUGUUUGACAGGUAGGAAGCAGAAUGAAAUCAUUGUUGUUUUCUGUCUCCCCAUCACAUGAGCACCUGGGCUUUGGUGACUUGUUCAUGAUUACGUAAGAUAUUUACAGCAGAGCAGCAAUUGAACUAACAUCACCUGCAGUUCUUGCUUGCUCUGUACCAACUCCCUUUGCCUAUGUCUUUACAGUACCUAUAGAAUAUACAGCCUAAUCUUAAUGUGAAAAACAUCACUGUGGUCAGAUGUAGAGUGUACGUAAGCACUUUGGGCUAUUCAAAGGUUUACAAAUUCCAGAAAAUGCAAAUAAACACCUCAGUGAGAUGUGUCUGCAAAAAUAGUCACCUUCAGUGUUUACUAGGCAUAUUGCCCCUACUAUUUAAGAAAUUUUAUAAUCUAAAUAAGAAAUUGAAUUCCAUUUUUGUAAAUAACAUAGAAGCAGUAUUGAAAUGGCAGACUGACUUUGGAUGUUGGGAAAAUACCAGUUAAGGGUGAUGCUCUUUCUUUUAUUCUGUAUAUGUUCAUAUUUCACAAGUCUCCACAAAUAUUUCUGGAAUUAAAAGGUGGCCAUAAAUAAAAAGUCUAACCAUUAUUAGACA